GCUAGGCAGUACUAGCCUGUUACUUGUUAUUUGAUUCGUACUGUACAAGAAUACGGGGCUCUGCGGUAAGAUCGGACUUCUAAAUAUGCCACCCGAUCCCGAGGACCGAGACAAUAUCCAACGAUUUAUUACAAGGGCCUUCCGCUGCCAUGGAAUGCUUGAAGUCACCUUUAUCUUAUCUCCAAGAGAAGACCCGUAACCCCACAGUUGGUAUUGUACCCCGCCAUCGAAGGAAUUCACUCCGUUUCCAUCCUGAUCCCCUCGGUCUGUGUCAGCAUUACGGACGGUUCCUUACAUCAACUGGGCUCACUUAAACGAAUCACCUCACAUAACUCACAUCUCACCGUCUCUCAUCAGCCGAGAACCCAAACUGGACCGCCAAAAGUUUCAACACCUGCAAUCCGUCUUGGACAAAACAAACAACUAAACAGGCCACUCGCCCAAACCCCCAACCGACCUCUCUCUCCUCCCCACACUCCCAUACUCUCACAAAACAAAUGGCAACCCCCAACAGACCAUCCCUAAUCGGCGACCCGUCCGGCCCCUCUCCCCCUUACCCUCUUCACAUGUCCGGGAGAGUAAUAAGCGGCUUCGGCCGCGGGUCCAAGGAACUCGGGAUCCCCACGGCCAACCUGCCCGUGGACGACGCCUCAACGCCCUGGAUCAGCACGACCCCUUCGGGCGUCUACUUUGGCUGGGCGUCGCUCAACCUGCCGCCCACCCACCCGGAUUACAUCCUCCCCACCGUCAAUGUCGAUAACAACAACAACAACAAGAGGAGAGCUGCUGCGAACGCGAACGGCUUCGCCGUGUACCCGAUGGUGAUGUCGAUCGGGUACAACCCGUUCUACAAGAACACGGUGCGGUCGGCCGAGGUGCACGUGCUGCACUCGUUCCGGGCCGACUUCUACGGCGCCGAGAUGCGGCUGCUCAUCACGGGCUUCAUCCGCGAGGAGAGGGACUACAGCGGGCUGGAGGCGCUGAUCGCCGACAUCAACUUCGACUGCGACGUGGCGAAGCGGAGUCUGGCGCGGGAAGCGUGGGCGCCGCGCGAGGUGGACGUGGAGGUCGACGUCCCCGGGGAAGAAGGGAGGAAGGUGGUGUUGAGGGGCCAGUUGGAGGCUGCGUGGUUGAUACGCCCCAGCGAGAGUGGGCGUACUGGACAGCGGAGCGUCGUUUGCUGAGACUUUGGGAUAUAAGUAAUAGAGGGAGCAUGUAGUAGACCUCGCAUGCGACCCAUGAAACGUCACCGAUGAUGAUAUUGCUUUGUUCCGCUCCUCCAUCCUGACGCUACGUAGAGCCAAACUCUC